AUGACAUAUAUGACUUUUAACAGGUGCGGCCAUUGCCAAAGACUAUCUCCAACAUGGGAACAACUGGCAGAAAUGUUGAAUGAAGACGACAGUAAUAUUCGUAUUGCAAAAGUAGAUUGCACUACUGACGCGAAAAUAUGCUCCGACCAAGAUGUUACCGGUUAUCCGACAUUGAAAUUCUACAAAGUAGGCCAGGAAGAAGGAGUUCGAUUCAAAGGAACCAGAGAUCUGCCCACAUUGACCAACUUUAUCAAUGAACAACUGAGACUGAGUGAAGAUUAUGAUUAUGACAAUGAUGAAGCACCAAAAGCGGUGAAACAUCAAGAAUCUCCCCUCAAAGAACUAGAUGAUAAGAAUUUUGAUGCAUUGAUUGAAAAAGGAAAGGUUUUUGUUAAAUUUUACGCCCCAUGGUGCGGACAUUGUCAGAGAUUGGCUCCAACUUGGCUAGACUUAGCCAAAGCCAUGGAAUUCGACGAUGGUAUCACUGUAGCCAAAAUUGAUUGUACAGAAUACAAGGGAAUUUGUUCUGAUCACGAUGUGAAAGGGUAUCCGACAUUAUUGUGGUUUGAAAAUGGACAAAAGGUUGGUAAAUAUUCAGGAGAUAGAACACUAGAAGACCUCAAAGAAUAUGUAAACCGUAUGUCUGGAGAUAGACCUAAACCUAAAGAGAAGCGACAAAAGCCAGGAGAAUGCAAACAGCCUGUGAUCGAUAUGACUGCUGAUGCUUUUGCUGAUGAAAUCAAGUCUGGAGUAACUUUUGUUGAUUUCUAUUCACCCUGGUGUGGCCACUGUAAACGAUUAGCUCCGACUUGGGAACAAUUAGGCAAAAAAUACGAAGACAAAGAGGGAGUCAAGAUUGGUAAAGUUGAUUGUACUGUUACUGAAAAUAGAGAGUUUUGUAAUGAACAAGAGAUUGAAGGCUUCCCAUCACUGUUCCUUUACAAAGAUGGUCAGAAAAUUUCAGAAUACAGUGGAAAUCGCGAAUUGGAGGACUUGUCCGAUUUCGUGGAUAAGCAUUUACCGCAACACGAUGAACUUUAA